UUUGAUGCGUGUGUUGAUUUUUGCAAGUUGUUGACACUCCCAGCUCCCUCAGACCUCCUUGUUGCUGGUGAGCUAAAAAGUGUGAGUAAAUUCUAGGAACACAAGACGUCAAUGUCACCGUCAUCGCUGGAGAGCAAACCGAGAGCCAAAGAUGGCCAGACAUCACAAACAGUUUCUCAACUCGGUAGGGACGUGUGUGGAUGAAAUGCUCGAAGGGGUCGUGGCACUCAAUCCAUGCGUAAAGAAACUCAAAGGUCACAGAGUGAUACUACGAGGUGAUAUUGAAGAGUACCGACAGACGAGUAGGGUUGCCGUGCUCUCUGGUGGGGGAUCUGGACAUGAACCAUUUGCUGCAGGUUAUGUUGGUCAAGGAAUGUUGACGGGAGCCAUUGCUGGGUCAGUGUUUACUUCACCUCCAGCAAGCGAUAUAUUCACUGCUAUAAAAGCUGUUGCCAACCCAGCGGGGGUGCUGUUGAUUGUUGCCAACUACACGGGAGAUCGAAUCAACUUCGGUAUUGCUGCCGAGAAGGCAAGGUCACGUGGUAUCCAUGUAGAGACUGUGACAGUAGCAGAGGAUUGCGCCCUCACGAGUGUGGACAAGACAGCCGGAAGACGUGGACUUUGUGGCAUUAUCCUCGUACAAAAGAUUGCCGGAGCUCUAGCGGAAGAGGGGCACUGUUUAGAAGAAAUCGUCGAGGUCACGACUAAAGCUGUCAAGCACAUGGGAACCAUCGGUAUAAGCUUGUCUCCUUGUCACGUGCCUGGGUCUGGUGCCACUUUCCAAAUCCCUGAUGAUGAGAUGGAACUGGGAUUGGGAGUACAUGGGGAACCAGGCGUAAAACGGAUUAAAGUUUGUGAAGCUGACUCCAUUACAGCUAUUAUGAUUGAUCACAUGACCAGCUCCUCAACCAAUAGCCAUAUAGACAUCAAAUCAGGAGAUAAUGUGAUGAUUGUAUUGAACAACCUCGGAGGUACGUCUAGCCUAGAGCUAUGCUUGAUGUCUCGCUCGAUAAUCAACUAUCUAGAAUCAAAAGGCGUCGUUGUAGAGCGAGUUAUGGUCGGUCACUUCAUGACGUCACUGGACAUGGCCGGUUUUUCCCUUACCAUCAUGCAUCUGGACGAGCAAAGAAUAGCAUGCAUCGACAGUGCUACAAACGCUAUGUCAUGGCAUUGUCAGGAUAGCUUAGUCCGCUAUAAGAAUCAUGGAAAGCCUCGUGGGCAUGGCUUUGUGGAAUGCCAGGCAGAUUCACAAGAACAAAUAGUUACUAAGCGAAAUGAGGAAACAAGUCAGGAUAAUGUUAAACAAGGAUCGUCAACUAGACUGCUAAAAGUUGUGGUUUCUAUUUGUGAGUCUCUGAUUGCGUCUGAAGACAGACUGAACGAGUUAGAUAGGUCUGGUGGAGAUGGUGAUUGUGGCUCCACUAUGCGGCGUGGUGCUGAGGCUAUAUUGAGUAGUCGUGAUUCUCUUGUUGCCAUGGGAACUGUUGAGAUGAUUGGCGCCCUCGCCGGUAUAGUUGGUGAGAGUAUGGGCGGUUCCUCUGGCGGGCUCUACACGUUGUUUCUGACAGCAGCAGCUAGACGUCUCCAAUCUCAUCCUGAAGCAACUCACUGGGUUGACGCUCUUGACGCUGGUAUUCAGGCUGUAUGCAGAUAUGGUGGAGCGGAGCCUGGGGACCGAACCAUGCUCGACCCAAUGCACGCUGCCUUGGCAACACUAAAAACAGACCAGUCCAAACAGGAGGUAUUGGACAUAUCCCACUUUCGGCAAGCCGUGGAGGCAGCGGAAGAUAAAGCGGUAGAAACUGGCUUGAUGCAGGCUAGAGCAGGACGAGCUAGUUAUGUCAACCGGGAUCUAGUAAAGGAAGUAGACCCUGGGGCACAGGCAGUUGCAAUCUGGCUCCGUGCUGCAUGUCGAGCUUAUGACGUUGAGUAAGGCACUCUUCUCAUCCCAUGCUGUUUUCAUAACAUUAGAAAAGAAAAACAAAUAUUUUCUCAUGUAAAUUUAUACAGUUUUCAAUCAUACCGUUCAGGAAAUAGUUAUAAUUAAUAGCACUAUAUUUAGCUAUAUCAGGGAUGCCAUACAUCGGAUAAAUUAAGUAUUUUGUCAAUUAUUUUGUUUCACUUUCUUUUGCAAAUUAUACAAGUUCUGGUGCUGAGGCACC